AGUUGCACAUUUGGAAAUAUCUAUCUGACCAAUCAGAAACGUCGGAAGAAGGAAGCGUGUAGUGCAGCCGGUUGACUUUCACGUGUGCAUGUAAACCGUUCAACCUUCAUCCUGUGCUGAUUUCAGUUAAAGUGUCAACCAUGCAGGCAGCAAUGGACAUUACAGCCAAAUUCUGCCAGAAGGAGAUGGAGGAGUAUGGAGCCUGUGUGGCCUCUAAUCCGUCUGCAUGGCAGGAGCAGUGUCACCACCUGAAGGUGAAGGUGGCACAGUGUACCUCGUCUCAUCCAGUGAUCAGGAAGAUCCGGGCAGACUGUUCCGGAGAGUUCGCAGAGUUUGAGCGCUGCCUGAGGGAAAACCAGUCCUCGGCUCAGGCCUGCUCAUCACACGUGGCACGCUUUCUGACCUGCGCCAACACUGUGGACGUUACAGGAUUAGUGAAUCCAGAAUCUCCGCCCACAUAAAACCCAACCAGAAACCUUCUUCCAUCACCGUGGGAUUAAGGCAACGGCUAUAUUAACUGCACACGGUUUUACUUGAACACAUUUCAUAUUCUCACACACACACACACACACACACACACACACACACACACACACUGUCAUUUUGUAAUAAACGUUGCUAACUGUACAGAAAGACGACAAUCUGAUGUCAGCUGCUUGUACAGUUCAUCUUUAUAAAUAUUUUUUUAAUAAGAACUUGCAGAUCUCAACAUGUUUUAGGUGUCUCAAUAAAAUCUCUUCUGUUCUGAACAAACGUAGUGACGCACGGUGGUGGUAGCAUCGCGUCGAGACUUACUCGUGACUGACGUAUGGUGGACAGCCUCCUCUAGGCAGACUGCAGGCUGAUGAGGAUCUCUUUUAUUACCGAACCCUGAUUGUAAAAUCUUCUCUCCUGGGUUCUUCCAGGAACAGACGUAUAUAUCUACGUGUACACAGUUUAACUUCACGCAGGUUGAAUCCGUUCAAAUCGUAUUUAAUCUCUUUGUCAUGGACCAGUUGCACAGUGAUGUUUUGAAUAUCUAGCUUUUGUACUUGUAACGGAUUUAAUGUACUAAUUACUAAUUAAUGUACUAACUAAUUUAAUUAAUAUCCCUGAUGGGAUAUACGGUGCAAAUUUCAGGACGUUAAAUCCUUUUGGUUAUAAAAUUAUAAAUACUUAUUCAUGGCACUGCGUUUAUUGAUCAGAACAUGCACAGACUUUCUAUAAUAAUGAUAUGCAAGAUUUGCUGAGCUCGAAGUCACUGUUUAGGGAAAACAGCUCAAAAUCUAAACCAUUACUCAGGUAUUAGGAAAAAAAUACAUAAAGAGCGUAAAGGUAAUUUGACAAAAAAUAGGAAAUAUAUCACUUUGUACAUAUAUACAGUAUAUUUAAAUGAUACAGUAUGGCUAAAUAUUGGAGAUGUAAUCCGUAUGUGCUCUCCGUGUCGUAAUGAAGCUGUGAUGUAGUCAGUGUUUGUUAUAGGAUUUAAAAGACAUAAAGGUCUGAUUCUGUCAUUAUCCUUGUUCGUGAUGUUUAAAGACACCGCCGUUAAUCUUUAACAAGCUACGCAAUAUAUUUAUUCAGAUCCCUCCAAUCAGGGUGGAGUAUUUUUUUUUCUGCCCGGUUCCUCGUGGCUCGUCCCCCCCCCCCCCCCCCGUCUGAAUCGCUGUAUAAUAUUAAACUAAGGAAUGUGUGAUUUCUCUCCCUCAUAUCGUGUCUAGCUUCCCGCUGGCAGAAGAAUAAAAAGAGCGAAAGAGGGGGAGAUCUUAUGGCUUAGUACAUGCCUUUGACCACUGACGGGAUGAGUGGGAGGACAGGAACACGCUGACUAACACGCCUGACAGGGUUGUUUGUGUUAUUUCUCCCUGAUUAUUGGCUCAAUCAGAUGUUAAGAGCAGCCAUAUGUGACCUUCCUCUAGGCCAUGUUCUUGUUUUCUUAUUCUUCCUUAAUUUUUUUCUUUUUUUAAAUAAAGAAAACAAAAAAAAAAAACACCCUCAUGACAAUCCCAGAUCCAAAAACACCGGUUUAAAGAGGUUUAAAGUUUUUUGGGGUGCCAAUAAUUUUGCACCAUAUGAUUUGCAUUGGCAGUUUUUGUUUGUGUGCAAAUUACUUAGCAUUUUUACCUUAAAUCUGUCCCAGCUCCAUGAAGACACGAUGAUUUUACAGUGACACGAUGAGACAAGCUUACGUUACAACAAAGCCGUAAAUGUCGUUUCUUCAGUUUGAAAAGUGUUGCGUAAUUAUCUGUAACGUUUGUACUUUUUUUUCCCUCAUUUUAACCCGACAACAAUCCCAGAUCCAAGAAGAUGAUUUAAAGUUCUUAAGGACUGACAAUGAUUUUAUUAAAGAUGUUUUUUUUUCAUACGGUUCAGUAAUCUCUAAUUCUCUGUAAUGACUGUACAACUGUUUACACAGAGGCCAUGCAUUUAAAAUGGUUUAGGGGUCAUUUGUGUUACCGUGUGUGUGUGUGUGUGUGUGAACUUUUUUCAAACUGCUUUCAAUGUUUGUCCAAUUAUCCCCCCCCCACCUCCCGUGUCUUAAAGGCUGCACCUCUGUCAUGUCUUGAAGAAGACUCAGUAAUCAAGGAGACAUGAUCAUAUUGACAACAAAAGCACUGAUUAUAUUGUAAAGGUGAAAACACAAUACACAGUAACCACUUGGAACAGAUCACAAAAAAAACCAAAAACCC